AUGAAGCAUUUUACCACUAUCUUCGCCCUCGCUGCUGCAGUAGCAGCUAUCGAUAUCCAAGGACACAUCGAGUCACACUGUGGUGGUGGAAACAGGGUCACGUUCACCAACGUGAACCCCGACCGAUGCUACGCUACCGGCGGUGUAUCAUGGGCUUACUCGUUCCGUGCCAUUCCCACAAACUGGAGACUGAGCACCAGGUCGCACGGAGGAGGUAACUGUGGGCCUAUAAUCCAUGUGUUCGACUCGAAUGGCAGGGAUCUGGUCUGCCAUGGUGGAGAAGUCAACAACGUGGAGUACACGGGAGCUGGUUAUAGCUUCAUCAACAAGAGGAGGUCAACCGACGUCGCUUCUGAUAGCCAGGACUGCAUCAAGCCAGACCUUUUGGAGAUUGAAGGCGGUUCGACAUACAACCUUCUGGAUCUCGAAGACGAGACAUACAAGACCAUGCUCGCAUAUGCUUCGAACGGCACAACUGCCUCGGAUAUGCCAAGCAUAUUCGAUGAGUACAUUGUACAGUAA